UUUCCUAGCACCACGUUUCACAGGAGCACCAGGUUGAAAUGAUGGAACUAUUUCUCUCUCAGUGUAACACCUCGUCCGGUGUUCGAAUGCAGCAGUGAAUGUGGACUGUAGUCUUGAAAACGAAGGCAGUACAUGCCACACCACUACCCUUCCUGCUCUUGUGCGCACACCUACCCUGAUGAUGCAGCCUUCACUGGACAUCAAACCAUUUAUGUCUUUUCCAGUGGACAGUAGUUCUGCUGUUGGGCUCUUUCCAAAUUUUAACACAAAAAGAAGAGGCUUAUUUGGGACCAAUAAAUUCUGCCAGAUGGAUCCUGUGCAAAAAGCAGUCAUUAACCACACAUUUGGAGUGUCCAUUCCCCCAAAGAAGAAACAAGUUAUUUCUUGUAAUGUCUGUCAGCUUCGCUUUAACUCGGAUAGCCAGGCCGAGGCCCACUACAAAGGAAGUAAACAUGCCAAGAAGGUCAAAGCACUAGAGGCAACGAAAAAUAAACCCAAAAUGGUUUCUUCCAAGGACAGCGCAAAGGCUAAUCCCAGCUGCUCCAUCACUCCAAUCACAGGCAACAGCUCUGACAAAUCAGAAGAUAAAGGGAAGUUAAAAGUCAACACUCCCAGUCAGCCGUCAAGCUCUGAAGGUGGCCCAUUUCUCCUCAAAUCUGGCACAACACCCCUGCCACCUGGAACAGCCACUUCUCCCUCCAAGAGCACCAAUGGAGCUCCUGGUACCGUUUCUGAAUCAGAAGAAGAAAAGGCCAAAAAAUUACUUUAUUGUUCACUAUGCAAAGUGGCUGUGAACUCCCUGUCACAGCUGGAGGCGCACAACACAGGAUCUAAACACAAGACCAUGGUUGAAGCUCGUAAUGGGGCUGGUCCAAUUAAGUCCUAUCCUAGACCUGGAUCAAGAUUAAAGAUGCAGAAUGGCAGUAAGGGGUCAGGACUACAGAACAAGACAUUUCAUUGUGAAAUCUGUGAUGUUCACGUUAAUUCAGAAAUUCAGCUCAAACAGCACAUUUCUAGCCGAAGGCAUAAGGAUCGAGUUGCAGGGAAACCAUUGAAGCCGAAAUACAGCCCUUACAACAAACUCCAGCGGAGCCCAAGCAUUUUAGCAGCAAAACUCGCAUUCCAGAAAGAUAUGAUGAAGCCUUUGGCCCCGGCCUUCCUGUCCUCGCCCCUGGCGGCGGCGGCGGCAGUGUCCUCGGCGCUGUCCCUGCCGCCCCGGCCGUCCGCCUCGCUCUUCCAGGCUCCAGCCAUACCUCCAGCCCUCCUGAGGCCGGGCCACGGGCCCAUCCGCGCCACGCCUGCCUCCAUCCUCUUUGCUCCCUACUAACGUCCGCAAGCCCCAGACCUUUGAGGCCAGUAGGAAAGCUGAGAAGGAAAGCCAAAAGGAUUCAGCGAUGUAAGCAUUUUGUGUUCAGUGCCCCCAUGCAGCCACAAAAUGCAGCAAGCAUACCACGCCGAGCCCGACUCCAAAGAACAGAUCGCUAGACUCGAGAGUGCUUUUAGGGACCGCUCCUCUAAUUUAGGAAUCUGAGCAGCACAGGCUUUACCUCCCUAGUCCCUCUCCCUGCCCUACCCCAUUCAACUUGUGUAUCUGAGACAUUUGGUUUCUUGCAAACGUAUUGGUCAGAAAAAAUAUAUAUAUAAAUAUAUCAUUCUCUGACUAUUUUUCCAUGGGUGUGAUCUGGCUUAGAAACAAUAUGGGAUAUUUUCCUGACAGACUUGAAAACUAGGGUCUUCCUCACAUGUCUGUAAAUAACUCUGGAAUCCAACUGGGCACAUUCUAGUGUGGAACAAAAAUAGAUGAACACAAGUGCUGACUUGUGGACACCAUCUCACCAACGAUCACCGCGUUUUCUUUCUGGUGUACUAUUGUUGACAGGGAUUGUGUACUGUUCUAGACCCCAGUACUGUUGUAUCCUGUGUAGUACUAGCUCCGUAUCUCUUGUCUGAAUUCAACAUUUUUAGUUGCUGUGUACAUGUUUGUUAGGAAGCAAAGUAGCUUUGAAUUUUCUCUUUAAGAGAACAAAAGGUAAAGUAAUGUAUUUUCUUUAUUUCACAUUUUAUUUGGUGAUAUUUAAACGAAAUAGAAAGCCAUAUAACAUAGCUAUAAUUACUACUUGUUUGCUCCUUUUGUUUAACUUAUUUUGUAGCUUCCUCACCAGUUUGAGUUGCUGAGCAAAUGUGUACAAACAGAAGAGCUUCCUAAAUUGCACAUUUUUGCACCUCUUGUGCAUUCUGCAAGGAGACAAUGAAUCCACGUAUUUCUACGCAAUUAUCUUCUUCAUUUGUAACCUGUUUUCAUUUGUAUUGAUACUACAUAAUUCUGUGGCUCCCUAAUGCAAUAAUGUACAGAAGAUAAAAAAUUUAUAACUGAACAAUUUGUCUUUCUGUUCACUGAAUAUGUUGCAGGUCUUGCUUCCAUGCCCCCCUUUCUAAGCUGAUAUCAACAAGACUGGAAUGUUUGUGAUAUGGGGGGCAAAAGGUAUCAGAAAACAACAAAAUAGAGUGAACUCUUUUAGAGCAUCUAUAUCUGCAAUCUGUAAAUGGUAAAAUGUCUGUGUAUUUUUUUAAAUGUACCUUUUCAAUAAAAGUACAAAA